CAACUCAACCUAACCAUGCAUGGACUUCUAAGUACCAUAUAAGCUUAGCUUCCACAUAUAUCUGGCUCUCAGAGACAGUAGAGUGAGCAAAAUUUCACAACAGACAGCUUGAUCAGUAGGGGCUUCAGAUGAUGGGUAUGCUUUCAGGGUUUCUUAAGUUUAUCCUUCUCCAUGGGAUGUUUCUUGGGUUGGCUCAAGGCAAAGUCCAUUACCAUGAAUUUGUUCUGAAGGAGGCUAACUUUACAAGGUUGUGUGAAACCAAGAGCAUGUUGGUUGUGAAUAACAGUUUUCCAGGACCUGUCAUUCGUGUAACAAAAGGGGACACCGUAUAUGUUAAUGUCCAGAAUCAAGGAAACUAUGGUCUUACUAUUCACUGGCAUGGAGUGCAUCAACCAAGAAACUCAUGGUCAGAUGGUCCAGAGUACAUUACACAAUGCCCGAUUGAACCAGGAUCAAACUUUACUUAUGAAAUCAUAUUUUCGGAUGAAGAAGGAACACUUUGGUGGCAUGCACAUAGUGAUUGGACACGACAUAGUGUUCAUGGUGCAAUUGUUAUUUUGCCGAAAGAGGAAACCGGUUAUCCAUUCCCACAACCGGAUAGAGAAGAAAUUCUUGUAUUUGGAUCUUGGUAUAAGGGCGAUGUGAAUAAGGAAGUUAAUGAGGACCUCGAAACUGGUAAUGUCACUCCUCAAUCAAAUGCUUACACUAUCAAUGGCCAACCGGGAGAUCUGUGCCCAUGCUCUAAUGAAAGUACAUACCGCUGGCAAGUAGAACAUGGCAAGACCUAUCUUCUUCGUUUAGUCAGUGCAGUCAUGAAUGUAGAAAUCUAUUUUGCAAUUGCUCAACAUAACCUCACUGUGGUAGGAAUGAGUGGAUCAUAUGUUAAGCCCAUACUCACUGAUGUUGUCAUGAUAUCCCCAGGACAAACAAUGGAUGUUUUGGUCACAGCUAACCAACCUCUUGGUCGUUAUUACAUGGCUGCUAGACAAUAUGAUAGUAUUAGGCAAGGUGUCAAAAACUAUGACAAAGUGAAUGUCACAGCAAUUCUUGAAUAUAGAGGCAACUACACUCCCUCAGUGAGUCCAAGUUUUCCAAACAAUCUCCCAACCUAUGCAGACUUCAGUCCUGCAAUAGAAUUCAUGAAACGUAUUAGGAGCUUAGCAAAUAAAGAUCAUCCGAUAAAUGUCCCCCAAAACAUAACUACUAGAAUGUAUGUAACAGCUUCCGAGAACAAUGUUCUCGUUGACUUGGGGGGAGAAAAUGUAACUGCUCUUGCUUCGAGCCUAAACAACAUUAGUUGGGUUAACCCUACCACAGAUGUACUACUUGCCUAUUACAGGAACAUAAGUGGGAUUUUCACCGCAGAUUUUCCAGACAAUCCACCUUCAUUUUUCAACUUCACUGAAGAUGAUUCUCCGGAUGACACAACUCUGUCUGUUCAGGGGACCAAGGUAAGGAUGCUGAAUUAUAAUGAAGAGGUGGAGAUAGUGUUUCAAGGUACUAAUUUGCUAGAUGUAUCGAUGGAUCACCCAAUGCAUCUUCAUGGGUACUCCUUCUAUGUGAUAGGCUCGGGUUAUGGGGUCUUUGAUAUUGAGACUGACCCAAAAGGCUACAAUUUUGAUGAUCCACCUAAGUUGAACACUGUUACACUCCCUAAGAAUGGAUGGGUUGCCAUAAGAUUCAAAGCAAGUAAUCCUGGAGUAUGGUUAUGGCAUUGUCAUUAUGAACGACAUUUAAGUUGGGGUAUGAGCAGUGUCUUUAUAGUGAAAAAUGGUGGGACACCGGAGACGAGUAUACGCGAACCCCCACCUUACUUGCCUCCUUGUAAGGAUUCAUUUACCAGUAGGCUCCUACAAUACGAGAACUUAGAUGGGAAUAGACUGAAUAAGAUUGAUUAGUUAGACAUCACUUAAAAAGUAUUUUGCUAAGCUUACAACUUGAUGCAGUGUUAUAAUUUCUCUAAAUAGUUUUCAAGUAAGAAUUCAAGUGCCUGUCUUUGGAAGUUUAAAUGUUGUUUUGAACCAUUUUGUUAAGUAUUGUAAUGUGUCUUGUAAGUUGUAUUUGUCUUGUAAGAUGCAUGUGUUUUAAGUAGUGGAGGUUGCAAUGAAUAUAAAAAGUGUUGUAAUUGCA